AUGUCGGAGAGUGUUUACCUGGACAAGGGUGGUCACGGGAUUCCAGAUCGAGAGGAAGAUCGCGGAUUUACUGCCGUUCAGGGUGGCGUUUUGGUCGGCUGUAGGCGUUUGACUAUUGCAACGGCCUGUCGCGGUUACUCUUCGCCUGUCCCUCCUCAACGAGGUGAGCUUCGACAGAUGGACGACCACGUCAAGGUCUUGGGCUGGAUCUGGUUCCAUCUGCGCUACACAGAGAAUUAUAGCGCAGGUAUAUUCAGGAUCCUCGGCUGCGGAGAGUGGGGGUUGCGAAAGAACACCUCGGUGGCACAGCAAGAUGUCCACGUGGGAGAUAACGAAAGCGGCAUUGCCAACUCGACUCUUCUCGGACUCAGAGAUCUCGUGAAUAUCGGCCCAAGACCCUCUCUUCCCCGGUGCCAUGACAGGGCUGAUAUGGCAGUCAGCGGUUCCUUUCUCAGCAUGCUGCAUACCGGCAAUAUGAAGGAAGCGUGCAGGAGAGGCUCGCAGGACUCAGGAUGCGUGGGGCUUCAAGUGCUGGAUAGAUCUGUCGUUGAGUGGUGUCCAUGCAUGUCAUCCUGGAUUCAUGCAGGAUGGAAUUUCGACUCCUGGAAUCAAAUUGAGAUGACUCUCAUUUUGCGUAUUGAGAAAACAGGAUCCGUUAUCAUUGCGCCAGUGUUGCCGGGUGAAAACUGGGCAACAGUCUGCUUGUGUCUAUAUGCAGAAGAAACUAUCUUGGUUCUUGCUGAAGAGAUUCAAAAUGAUUGCACUGAAGGUCACCGAAUAUAUGAGCUGUCAAGCAUGCGGGUUCUUGAACUCGCACAAGAAGAAAUGACGACUUGCAUGCCUUACGGACGCACCGUUGGUCCCCUGUUCUCGCACGUUUCCUCAAACUUCGAAUUUCUGCCCGUCUUCAAACGCUAUUCUCUCAUGGGCCAUCAAACCGGACUGUCUAUCCGGCUGGAGAAGAUUGACAUGGGUAUUGGACAUGUUGCUGCGGGACGUCCCAGCCCAGGCGCACUAAUCUGCGUGACACUUGUUCGCACCAUACUCGCAGGAACGGCUGGUCUUCUCAACCUGCCCGGUAAGAGAUGGCCUGCCCAGAGAGAAACCUCCGCCGCAUGGGUUUUGAGACCUGUCAUAACUGCCGUUCCAAAGAUUUCGUCAACUCAGAUGGUCCCGAUCCAAAUCGAGAUUAGAUCAUUGCCGUCUCCAACGCAGAUGAGGGAAACCGACUGGAAUUCGAGAUGCGCCUACCGAGCUGGAACAACUCCUACGGCAAGGGAAACCAAACAGGAUGUUCUGUGGAUCAUCGUUCAACGUCGAACGCCCAACGCCGCAAACGUCUGGGCGGAGCCGCUUCCUAGAGUAUUGCUCCUCGAAACGACUCAGUCCAAGAACAAACUUGCAGAAUACUUGGAUCCGGUGGCAAUUGAGCUUUCCACCGUUGCCGGUGCCGGCGAACACAGCUUUCAUAGUGAAAAUAUUUCUGUCACAAAGCAGGUGACAGACUUCUGGACGCUUUGA